GAACAAUUCGAAUUUCGAGUCCGACUACGGUGGUAUAGUAGAUGGCGGCUCGUGUAUUGCGUGGCCAAGAGUUACGUCAAGGUCUUGUUUGUCCAUUUUGCAAACACUCUGGGAUCCCUAGCUUACAAAAAGCGUCUCUCCGACACUGAUUGUUAAAAGUGUGAAGGACUACGGUCAUGACCCACUGUUUUACGGGAAUCGUUAUAUCCGGUCGCCUAUUGUACCACCGUGAUCCUUAAUUCUAGCAGAAACGAACGAAACAAAUUAAACCUGAAAAUUUCAUUUGAAACGUAAAAAUGAUAUCGUACAACGUGAGAAACUGGCCAAUUUUAACUUUCUUAGAUCCAUCGUUUACUUCGAACGUCAGAAUGAUAGCUGUGUUUGGCACCUUUGGUAACGAAGCUUUAAUCGUAACGAAGGAUAAAAUGGUAUAUGCCGUAGGGUAUAACUCGUAUGGGUGUCUUGGAAUUAAUGAUAAUCAUGAUACGCUGUACCCAAAAGAAGUUAAAGAAUUAUGCGGAAUUGGUAUUCAAACCUUUGCGUAUGGCAGACGUCCUCAUGUUUUAGCCCUGACGGUGAAUGGACAGGUGUAUUCGUGGGGAUGUAACGAUUGGUCUAAAUUGAAUAAUGAUAAUUGCUAUGAAGCUUACGUUUCUAUCGCUAUAAAUUCGAAACCGACGCUCGUGCGAACAAAUCUAAGUGAAAAAUUUGUUUUGGAUAUAGCCUGUGGAAAUUCUCAUUGUUUAGCACUAACGAACGAAGGAGAGGUGUACGCAUGGGGUCGUAAUGACGCUGGGCAAGUAGGUAAUGGUAAUAAAAUUAAUCAGGAUGUACCCGUAAAAGUGAAUUUCGCAUUAGCUAACGACCGAAUCGUUCGCAUCGCUUGCGGUGACUCGUCCAGCGUAGCGGUCACGGAAAAUGGCGAGAUUUAUAGUUGGGGUGACAAUGGUGUUGGACAGUUAGGAGUUGGAAAUUAUGAGGAUCGAGUAUAUCCGUGUAUAGUCCAAGGACUGAUUCCCACUAAAAUAGAGAAAGUAGUCUGUGGAUAUAAACAUACUAUGGCAUUAAGCAGUAAGGGCAUCCUUUAUGUUUGGGGGUCGAAUAGCUAUGGACAGUUAGGUAAUGGCGUGGAUUCGAAUGUGGCGAUUCCAACCAAGUUGUUAGGAACGGAAAGAAUAUCAGAUAUAGCAGCUUCGCCCUAUAAUAAUAUAAGUUUAGCUAUGGGAGAAUGUAAACGUGUAUUUAUGUGGGGCCAGUGUCUAGGACAAUGUAUCAAACACCCGACACUUACUUAUGAAACAAGUUUGCAUGACGCUUGUGUACGUUAUGCAUGGCCCAGUGUCAUGCAUCGACCACUAGUUCUUGAUAACACCUGGGAAGGAAAUUUAAUAGAUGAUUUGAAAGAGGCAUUCGAUGAUCCAGCCACCAGUGAUCUCGCUAUUCAAGUACAGGAAAAAGUUAUUCAUGUACACAAAUCUAUUUUGAAGAUACGUUGUCAUUACUUCAGGACAAUGUUUCAAGAACACUGGACAGAGAAUAAUCAAAAUAUUAUUAAACACGAACAAUUUUCCUACGAUGUAUAUAAAGCUUUCUUGAAAUAUUUAUACACCGACGAAAUUGUCUUAUCUCCAGGAAACGAGCUAGAACUUUUACACUUGGCAGACGCUUACUCCGAGGAUCAUCUAAAAAGACGAUGUAUACAAAUGAUAAAACAAGAAAUGACAGUUAUGAAUGUUAUGUUUUUCUACAGCACAGCCAUUAAAUACAAUGAGAAGGAAUUAGAGGAAUGUUCUUUUACAUUUGCUUCGAGUCGCAUGACUUCCGUGGUACAGACACCAAAUUUUGCUAAAUUAGAUGGAACUACAGUAAAAAAUUUUAUAAUUAAAGCUGCUCGAGCAGGUGCUUUUAACAAGUCUUUUAUAGCAAGUGAAGCAAAGAUGCUGGAACCUGGAACUUCCAGCCUGGAAACUGCUGGACCGACCCGACCGACUGGACGCGCUCCCGCUUCCGCCAUGCUGCGCUGCGUGCGCAGCCUUACGGCGAGUUUACACAAGCUGCAUGCAAUGAAUGAAAGCGAGUCCGUUUAUGGGACUACGUUGUCUCAGGAAUCGAUAAAAGUAAUUGCGGAAAGUAUAGGUGUUGGAAAUUUCCCUGACGAAGCUGCUAAAGAUCUUGCCGAGGACGUAAGCUACAGACUCAAGGAAAUUAUACAGGAUGCUGCCAAGUUCAUGAGACACGGCAAACGUCAGCGUAUGACGACCCAUGAUAUAGACCAUGCCCUAAAAAUUAAGAAUAUCGAACCUACUUAUGGAUUUUUUGCCAAGGAUCACGUACCGUUCCGUUUUGCUUCUGGCGGUGGUCGAGAACUACAUUUUGUAGAAGAAAAAGAAAUUGAUCUCAAUGAAGUUAUAUCUAUGUCUGGUGGACAAACGUGGCCCAAGUUACCUUUAGAAAUUACGCUGCGUGCCCAUUGGCUUUGUAUAGACGGUGUUCAACCGACGAUACCAGAGAAUCCGCCUCCGGUCUCUAAAGACGUUCAAAAACUAGAGAGUGUCGAUCCAACCAGUAAACUAUCGAACAAGAGUCAAAACAUCGGUGUUGGAAAACCAGGAGGCGGAGGAAAGAGUCAGAAAUUACGUAAUGUGGAAACCGUUCAUGUUAAGCAGUUAGCGACUCACGAAUUGAGCGUCGAACAACAAUUGUAUUACAAAGAAAUUACGGAAGCUUGUGUUGGAUCGGACGAAGCACGCAGAGCAGAGGCACUUCAAUCGCUUUCUGCUGAUCCUGGUUUACAUGAAAUGUUGGCGCGAAUGUGCACCUUCAUCGCGGAAGGUGUCCGCGUUAAUGUAGUACAAAAUCAUCUUGCGCUUCUUAUUUAUCUUAUGCGAAUGGUUAAAGCUCUUCUGGAUAAUCCUAGCCUUUACCUAGAAAAAUACUUGCAUGAAUUGAUACCGUCUAUCGCAACUUGUAUAGUGUCGCGGCAAUUAUGUAUGAGACCAGAGGGUGACAAUCAUUGGGCGUUACGUGAUUUCGCUUCGCGCCUUAUGGCUCAAAUUUGUAAAAAUUUCAAUACCUCUACGAAUAACGUACAAACCAGAGUAACCAGAAUGUUUAGCCAAGCAUUGGCUAAAAACAGUCAGACCCCAUUGGCAUCCCUUUACGGUGCGAUCGAGGGAUUAUGCGAGUUAGGUCCGGAAGUAAUUAAGGCGUUAGUUAUUCCUAAAAUUAAAUCGAUUUCGGAACGUAUCGAAUCGUGCAUCGAAGGACCAGGUUUGUCGAGUGUGGAUAAAAAUGGAGCAGGUCAUAUAAAAACCUUACUCGUGAAAUCAGUUGCUCCUGUUUUGAAAACUGUCCGAUCUCCGCCGGAUUACGUGGAAGAUUACAAACAGGAUUAUGGUUACAUUGGCCCCGCAUUAUGUGCAGCAGUUGCAAAGGCUCGUACACAGCCAGCAACGUUAGCAACGACUGCAUCGACGACAACGUCUCUAACAACGAGUCAACAGGGUCCCACGUGCGCCGGAAAAACUAUUGUACAAGCUGGUGUGGUGUGGUACAAUUUCUCCACUAAACGUUUAAAUGGCGGAUUUGAUCGUAUCAUCGGCGAUGCGGAGAUGGGCAUCGACAUGUCGAACAAUCACACCAUUUCGCCGAUCAGAUUGAUUUUAUUGAAUAACUUGAUCGAGGUAUUAUAUUAUUUCUCUAUUAAAAGCACAGACCGGAACGCAGAAAUGUCUUUGCGGAACUUAAAGAAGUGGCCAAUAUUUAGUUUGCUAGAACCAAAGUUUGUUGCAAACAUCCGCAUAGCUAUCGUAUAUGGUAAUUUAGGUAACGAAGCUUUAAUCGUAACGAAAGAUAAAAUGGUAUACGCGGUAGGAAAUAAUACAAACGGCUGUCUGGGGACCGGCGAUACCGAUAAUAUCCAAAGUCCAAAGAAAAUCGAACAGUUAUGCGAUAAUGAUAUUAAAACGUUUGCGUAUGGCAAAGGUCCGCACGUUUUGGCUCUUACAAUGGAUGGGCAGGUGUAUUCGUGGGGACACAAUAGUUACUAUGAACUGGGAAACGGGUCUACCACGUUAGGUCUAACACCAAUUCUUGUGGAAGCAAAUUUAAAAGAUAAAUUUAUCAUGGCGAUAGCUUGCGGAGGUCAUCAUAAUCUGGCAUUAACGGACGAAGGAACGGUGUAUGCAUGGGGUAGAAAUAACUGUGGACAAGUAGAUGGCAGUGUCGAUGGGAAUCAAAGAAUAGCUAAAAGAGUGAAUUAUGCGUUAGCCGAGAAAAAGAUCGUUUUCAUCAGUUGUGGUCACUCGUCGAGUAUAGCAGUUUCUAAUAAAGGAGAGGUUUAUGGUUGGGGUUGCAAUACCGCUGGCGAGCUUGGAAUUGGAAAUUGUAUCAAUCAAACGGUUCCAUGUAAAAUCACACAGCUUUCUGGAAUUGUAAUAACAAAAGUAGUUUGUGGUUACUCGCACGCUCUGGCAUUGAGUAACAACGGAGUUCUCUAUACUUGGGGUGGAAACAGUCAUGGGCAACUAGGUCAUAACGUUAAAGUGAUAACCAACUAUCCAGUAAAGUUGGAUAUGCCGAAACUGGAAAAAGUAUUGGAUGUAGCGACUUCUCAUUAUAGUCACAUAAGCGUAGCAACGACAUCGGGCAAUCAUAUAUUCAUAUGGGGUCAAUGUUUAGGACUAAGUAUCGCAACACCGAUACUUUUUCCAGUAUGUUGCCUGCACGAUGCUCUUGCGAGUUUUGCAUGGCCCAGAGUUAUGCAUCAACCGUUCGUUCUUCGCGACGAAGGAGAAGAACCGAGUAUAACGGAUUGUUUGAAAGGAGCAUUCGACGAUUUAACCACCAGUGAUUUGAUUAUACGAGUGCGGGGAAAAGCUAUUCACGUACACAAAGCUGUGCUGAAAAUACGUUGCCAACACUUUAGGACAAUGUUUCAGGAAUACUCGGCGGAGGAGAAAGAAAGCGUUAUAGAACAUUAUCAGUUUUCCUAUGAUGUGUACAGAGCUUUCUUAAAGUAUUUAUAUACCGACGAGAUCGAUUUACAGCCUGAAGGUGCCCAAGAACUGUUGGACUUGGCAAACGUUUACUCCGAAAAUCGGUUAAAGAAAUGUUGCGUGGAAAUGAUGAGGAAAGGAAUUACUGUGAAAAACGCGAUCUCUCUGUACAGUACAGCCAUUGCUUGUAACGUUAAGGAACUGGAAGAAUAUUGUUUUGAAUUCGCUUUAAAACAUAUGAGUGCGGUGAUACAGACUCGAGAUUUUGCCGAGCUAGAUGAAUCUAGGAGAAAACAUUUCAUAACCGAAGCUGCUCGAAUGGGUACUUUUAAAGGAUAAAACAAAGUACAUAUGUACUUGGAUUCAAGAUUACGAAUAAUACGUACUCUCUUUAACAUUGUACAAGUCUUGGUAUGAGAUUUCUGAUAAAUAAAAAUAAGUUAUUUUUUACGAUUGAAAUAUUUGGAAAUUAAAGAAGCAUCGGCUACGUAAUAACUUGAUUUUCAUCGUGGUGUAUCAACAGAAGAACUGUUG